UGAGUUGAGUGAAACGGGAGGACAGUCAGUCUGUUCAAUCUGCGAUUAGACACCAACACGCUCAGUCACACUCCCUCCUCCCACCCGGCCGAGAUUCAAACACUAAACAGAUCAAUUCAUCAUUCAUCUUUCUCAAACAGCGCUAAACUGGGAAGUGAACUAAUAACAGUUUUAUUUUCAAUUUCGCUUUUUUUUUUUUUUUUUAAAGGAAUACACGGCUUUUCAGCGAUAAGGUGCAGAGCAGUGAUGACACAGAACUGAGGACAGCCUCAUACAAUAUGGAGCCUGGAGAGCGGUUGGCCUCCCCAUCGGCAGCCCCGUCCUCCCUUAAUGUGGCCUCCUCUUCAGCCAGCUCCUCCCCUGUUCCUCCCCAGACACCCUCCACCAAGUGCAGCCCAACUCCGAACCCUGCAGGCCAUUUGCUGCGGAUGACAGGGGAUGAGCGUUUAAAUAUAUCUGGCAGCUCCAAUGCUUUUCCCUUAAUCAGCCGUCCAGCUUUUGGGCUCUACACAUCAAGUUCAGGGCGCUCUGAGUUUGGAGGCCUAGGGAGUCUGGGUUUGUCUGCCUUGGCUGCUCACCCCCAGUUUGGUACAUUUCCAGACUGGUGGCGACCAUCUGAGGCACAAACCAGGGGAGCAGCAGCCUUCUUCCCUCCUCUUCUGGGUCUGCAUCCUGUAUUCGCACCAACCUUCAAAAGCCAUGAUCCCAUUCACUUGCAGUCCCGUACCUCAGUUUCUGUCGGCAUGAAUGGAACAGUGAACGGUAGGAGUGCUUCUUCACCUACUGGGAACUCUGCUGCGAGCAACAGUUCACUUCCAGCAAAGGGAAACAAGGAGAAAACUAAAGCCAACUGUAGUCGGAGUCAAAAGAGCAGCCAAGACAUGGGUCAACUACACCAGAAGACUAUCCAGAAAACAAAAGAAAAGAAACUCAACAAAAAACCACUAGAGACCUCGAGCAUGAGUGGCAGCCAUUCGGGAUCCUUGUCAGAUAGCUCCAGUGAUGGUGAGGAGAGCAGCAGUGAUCCUGAUGACAUGGAGGAAGACGAGGAGGACAAUGAUGACGAUGAGGAUGAUCAGAGCAACGAUAGUGAGGACUCUGAUUCAGAAAAAGAGAGUCCAGUGAAAAGGAAAGUCAAGCGGCUGACACAGAACACUUGUGAGAGUAAAAAGAAGAGACCUUGCACCGCCGAUGGAAACACAACUCAAGACAGUCAGAGUGUUCUGGCUCAGCAGCAUAAUGACAGUGUUCUCUUGACUUCCUCGUACCUCUUCCAGUCCUCUUCUCUUCCUGCUGGCCUGCCUCAGUCCACAGCGCUGUUCCUCCAGAGCCCCAGGACUGCCGAGGAGGAAGGCAAGCAGCACAUCAGUGUCAUCCAGACCACGAGACUGGCAACAGGCAACAGCCCCUUAGCACAGUCCCACAGGGAAGCCUCUCCUUUGCCCUCCAGAUCAUCACCCAGCCUGAUCUCCUUCUCCUCCUCACCUAAACACUUGCCUCCGUCCACGUCACCAAAGCACUUCUCUCAUUUGGCCUCACCAAAGCAUAGCUCCGUCUCCUUCUCUCCCAAACCUCUUGCUCUCUGUUCCUCUUCGAGGCCCCUGUCUCUGUGUUCCUCACCUAAACGCUCAUCUGUUUCCUCACCUAAGCCUCCCUCCCUCUCUUCUUUACCCAAAGCACCAACCCUGUUAGCCUCUCAAAAAUCCCCACAUAAACCCAAAUCUUUGAUACCCUCUCCCAAGCACACACAGCUUGUUGAUAGCAUGAAGAGCAGUGGAACACUCCUGGAUGAAAGCUCAUUACACAUGAACAGUUUUAAAUUGAAACAGGCCCCUCAUUCCAAGGACUCCUUCAAGCUGGCUUUCUCUAUGCGACCUAAGGAACAGGACUGGUAUAAAAGUCACAAAACUUCAGCUUCCUCUUUAGAGACGUCAAGCAGUCAUUUACUGUCUCUCCCACACAGCAAUGACACCAAUCUGUUCAUGAACCAUCACCCUAAUGGAGCGAUCCAUAGCUCCGUUCAGGAUGCCCCUUUGGCCCUCAUCGUUAAGCCCCGCAGCCAGAGCAGCGCCACCAGCGGCAAGCCACUCCUGGCAGCCUCCAGCCCCCACUACCACAUGCCCACCAACUUGAGCACUAGCACUAAGGAGCCAUCAGGCACCUCUGCUGCCCCACUUAAAUCUUCCUCCCUAUUAGGCCUUAGACCACAGAAGAGGAAAACUCCGAAGUCUAAAAUCAACUCAUCCUCUCCACCUGUGAACUUGGUGAGAAGCAGUGAGUCUGAUAUCCACAGCAGCAAGGACUCAGACGACUCUUUAGGAGAUGACUACAAUGAUGAUGAUGAAGACGAUGAAGAUGAUAUUGAGGAUGAAGAUUCUGGCAGUAGCCUGUCAGAGUCGGAGAGCAAUCUGGAGAGCGACUCUGAUGGCUCUGAGGAUGAUAUGAAGGAGUGCGGUGAGACUGAGGCAGAUAGCGAUGCAGAGAGGACUCCUCUGAAACUUGGCAAAUCAUCCUUGUCUACUUACAAGUCCGCCUCAAGCAUCUCAGCCAACUGCUCCCUGCUUAACCUGCAGGUUAUCAGGCCCCCUAGUCUGCCUAGUAGUUUACUCACCCCUACCACAGUGACCACCUCAGGGACAUCGAGUAACCACAGCACCCCAUCCCCGUCGUUCACAUUAGCUUCCCUGCCAGGAUCAGGGAAGAGAAGGAGAGUAACUGAUGAGAGAAUACUGCGAUUACCUCUUGAGUUCGGGUGGCAGAGAGAGACGCAGAUCAGGAGUGUGGCAGGUCGUCUACAAGGAGAGGUGGCUUACUUUGCCCCAUGUGGGAAGAAGCUGCGUCAGUAUCCUGAUGUAAUGAAGUACUUACUCAGGAAUGGAAUAACUGAACUCUCACGAGAUAACUUCAGCUUCAGUACAAAAAUUAAAGUUGGUGACUUCUAUGAAGCCAGAGAAGGACCAGAGGGUUUACAAUGGCUCCUGCUGCCUGAGGAGGAGAUUGCUCCUAGUAUCAUAGCAAUGGAUGGGAGGCGCAGCCGUCGAACAAAGUCUGAGCAUCAGCCGAGCGGUGAUGGCGCCGGGGCCAGACCAUGGAAGGGUCAUCUUCUUAAUGUUGGUGAACCAAACCUCCAAGAUGUCAGUGAUGCCAAGCUGCUACGUAAACUGGAAGCUCAAGAAAUAGCUCGACAGGCAGCACAGAUCAAAAUGAUGAGAAAACUUGAGAAGCAGGCCAUGGCGCAAGCAGCCAAGGAGGCAAAGAAGCAACAAGCAAUAAUGGCUGCUGAGGAGAGAAGGAAGAAGCGGGAGCAGAUGAAAAUUCUUAAACAGCAAGAGAAGAUCAAGCGCAUUCAGCAAAAUCGUAUGGAGAAAGAACUCCGUGCACAGCAAAUUCUCGAGGCAAAAAGAAAGAGAAAAGAGGAAGCAGCUAAUGCCAAAAUAUUGGAGGCUGAGAAACGAAAUAAAGAGAAAGAGAUGCGAAGACUGCAAGCGGUUAUACUGAAGCACCAGGAGUUGGAGAGGCAUAGACUAGAUAUGGAGAGGGAAAGACGCAGGCAGCACAUGAUGCUCAUGAAGGCUGUGGAGGCCCGUAAGAAGGCGGAGGAGAAGGAGCGUCUGAAGAAAGAGAAGAAGGAUGAGAAACGGUUAAACAAGGAAAGGAAACUGGAGCUCAAAAGGUUGGAACUGGAAAAGGCGAAGGAGCUGAAGAAACCAAAUGAAGACAUGUGUUUAGCAGAUCAUAAGCCACUUCCAGAGUUGUCCUGUAUCCCUGGCUUGGUCUUGCCAGGAAGCACCUUCUCUGACUGCCUGAUGGUGUUGCAGUUUCUGCGCAGCUUUGGAAAGGUCCUGGGUUUGGACAUAAAUUCAAACAUGCUCAAUCUAAGUGACCUUCAAGAGGGGUUGCUCAACAUUGGAGACAGUACUGGCAAGGUGCAGGACCUGCUGGUGAGCUUGCUCUCUGCAGCUGUGUGCGAUCCUGGUAUACCUGCAGGUCACAAGAGUAAGACUGCCUUGGGGGAUCACCUGACUAAUGUGGGGAUAAACCGAGACAACGUGUCUGAGAUCCUGCAGAUCUACAUGGAGGGUCACUGUGAGCAGACAGAGAUGGCUGCUCUGGUCCUCAGCCUCAGGACCAAAGCUUUUCAGGCCCACAACCCGUCACAAAAAGCCUCCAUGCUUGCAUUCCUGGUUAAUGAGCUCUGCUGCAGCAAGGCAGUAAUCAGUGAAAUCGACAAACACAUAGAUCACAUGACCAACCUAAGGAAGGAUAAGUGGGUUGUCGAGGGGAAGCUUCGCAAACUAAGGAGCAUUCAUGCCAAGAAGACGGGGAAGAGAGACAUCAGUGUGGGGGGAGAGGACAGCCACGCUUCGGCCAUCCCCACUGCCAGAAACAAAUGCAAGAGGAAAGAAGGGGACAGUGAGGAAGAGGACGAUGAGGACGAUGAGAGUGAGGACCAAGGAGAUGACGACGAUGAGGAAGAGGAAGAAUCGGGAGGAAAGAAAGGAAGGAAAGCAGAAAUAUGUGAAGAGGAGGACAACAGUGUGCACUCAGCCAGCGUGGAGGAGCUGGAAAAACAGAUUGAGAAAACAUACAAGCAACAGAAUCAGAUCAGACAGAAGCUGUUCAACUCAUCUCACUCACUGCGCUCCAUGAUGAUCGGACAGGACCGCUAUAAGAGACGUUACUGGGUCCUUCCGCAGUGUGGCGGCAUCUUUGUUGAAGGCGUGGAGAGCGGUGAAGGUUAUGAAGAGGAGAAAGACAAGAAAAUACAGAUGACUGCUCAGGUUAUCAGGGUAAAAGAGGAGCAGCUGGAGGAAGUGAAGAAGCCAGUGGUCUCCAGCCAAGCACAGGGCAAAGACAGGGAUACAGCCACACCAGAGAACCAGCAGGACAAAGACAGCCUCAACCUCUUCCUUCAGAAACCUGGAUCCUUCUCUAAGCUCAGCAAACUCCUUGAAAUUUCCAAAAUGGCUCAAGACUCAGACAUGAAUUCUCAGAACAGUCAUUCUGCCCCUACCACUACCACUGCAUAUUAUCCCUCACAUCCCAUCUCUCAGGCAGCCACUACUCAGCAGGGGCUGAUGGAUAAAACAGAUACUUCAGUACCAUUUCUGCACAAAAGCACUCUCUGUAUGAUCGGCAGCCCUCAGUCUAUCCUUCAUGACGACCAUCUCUCCAAGAUGCUGACGGAAAAAAGCAACCAGUGGUUUAGCCUCCUGCCUCGUUCUCCUUGCGACGAGUCCUCGGUCACCUCUGGCUCCAGCCCUCCAGCCUCUUCCUCUCCCCCACAGACUAUCAGCACCAAAUCCCCCUCCUCCCUCUCUCCUAAUCCCUUAUCUACAGCCAGCUCCAGCACUCCUGCUGGGAUCGAUAACAUGCAAUUGUCUGUCCUUCAGCAAGUAAAGUCUGGCAUUCAUCAAGGCAGACUGACACAGUGUGACAUGUCCAGCGCAGCGAUGAGUCCCAGCCUGCCCUUCCCUGGCAUAUCUCUACCCCCCAUGCUGGAUUUGGCCUCACAGCAUGCAGAGGGUAAUGGGAACAGAGUCCUCUUCCUGGCGAAUAACAACUCUGUCAACAAGAGCGGGACCCCAGAGGCUCCAAGUGACAAGCCCUCUUGUGCCUCAUUCCCUGCUGCGGAGGUGGCUAAGACCCAGGACUACCCUUGUCCUCAGCCUAUCCCCGAGGAGAUGCUGCGCGGCUGGUGGAGGCUGUCAGACAUGGAGGAACUACGCAGCCUGGUCAAGGCCCUUCAUAGUCGAGGCGUCAGAGAGAGGGUCUUGCAGAAGCAGAUCCAAAAACAUAUGGAGUAUAUGACCCACCUCUGUGCCAGCAGCAAAGAUGCGAUUGAUGUGGCAGAGCUGGAAAAGCAGGAGGUGAGCGCGGAGACAGUUGAGAGCUGGUGUAUUGAGGAGCAGGCCAUGGAGGUGGACAUCAGUCUGCUGCAGCAGGUCGAGAAUCUGGAGAGGAAAGUCAUCUCUGCCAGCCUGCACGUCAAGGGCUGGAUGCAUCCUGAGCUGCAGUCAGAGAGGGAGGAUCUGGUCUAUCAUGAGCACAAGCCCUUCUCUUCCUCGACUACUGAGAACAGGAGCCAGAGAGAAACCAGCCAGGAGGAACUCCCUGGCUCUGUGGUGCGGCACCCCAACAACCCCCUUGACAUAGCAGUAACCAGGCUGGCAGAGCUGGAGAGGAACAUCGAGCGAAGCAGCAGUGAGGAGGAGGUGUCUCCUGGGAUGAGGUUGUGGCAUAAAGCUCUCAGUGAAGUCCGCAGCUCAGCUCAGCUGUCACUUUGCAUUCAGCAGCUGCAGAAAUCCAUUGCCUGGGAGCGAUCCAUCAUGAAGGCGCACUGUCAGCUAUGUCAAAAGGGGGAUAAUGAGGGACUGCUCUUACUUUGUGAUGGCUGUGACAAAGGCUGCCACACUUACUGCCACAAACCCAAGAUCACCACAGUUCCUGACGGCGACUGGUUUUGUCCCACUUGUGUAGCAAAGGAGAGUGGUCAAUCUCCCCGGAGUAGGAAGCAACAGAGCCGAACAGCUGGAGGAGGGAAGAAAGGCAGUGAGGUAAAACAAAAUAGUAAGCCAUCUGUGGCAGGAGAGCUCAUCAAAGAAGAGGCUGCCAGCAGCAGCAGUGGUGUGCCAAGGAAAGGUACCAAGGAGUUCAGAAAGAGGAAAGGAGACGACAGCCCAUCCAGCACCCAGGCCAAGCAUGAGAGCCCUGUCUCCUGUGCAAAAAAAGCCAAAACAGCCAAAGACAACAGUGUAAAUGAGCUGGCGAUGUGCCGAGUGCUGCUGGCUGAGCUGGAGGCUCAUCAGGACGCCUGGCCUUUCCUCACGCCGGUCAACCUCAAAGCUGUCCCCGGAUACAGGAAGGUCAUCAAGAGGCCCAUGGACUUCUCCACCAUCAGGGAAAAGCUCACAAACAACCAGUACUUAAAUUUGGAGACUUUCAUCAUCGACGUGAACCUGGUUUUUGAUAACUGUGAAAAAUUUAAUGAAGACGAUUCCGCGAUUGGACGAGCCGGCCACAACAUGAGGAGAUUCUUUGACAAACGAUGGACUGAACUGCUGAAGUAAACAUUUCAAGUGAGGACUUUCCACGCUGUCUACAUAUCAAACUCUUCACCUGUGACACUAACAUACAUGGUUAUAAUAACACUAUUGUGCAAUGUGAAAGUACAAAGUUCUCCUACUGGACCUGGUGGGAGAAAACACUUCAUGGAUGAAUAAUAUGAAAGUGCAAUACCGUUUUCUUGAUCAAAACGCACUGACUCUUGUACUUGAUAUUGUAUUGGUCAAUUACCUUUUUUUUUUAUCAUCAGUACUAUAACUUGCUGUAUUUAUUUUGUCAAGUAUUUAUGUUAUGAUUCAGUCUUUUCUAAGGAAAAAGUAAGAAAAACGGCACUCAGCUUUAAAAAAAAUAUCUAAAGAUUGUUUUAUCAACUAUUAAACAAGCCAAUCAAAAAAAAAUGUUUACAGCUUUGUGACUCGAGGGUGCCAGCAGUACUAACUGUUCAUCUGCAUUUGUGAUUUAAACUGUGUAAAAUACAAAGUGGUAUCGCUGACACAUGUACAGUGUUCAUUUAUGUCACUAGUCUUAUUUCUAACAUGUAAAGUUUGUACAUACAGUACAGACUUGGUGAAAUAUUAAUGCAUAAGGAUGAUUGUAGCACUUCAUACGUUGCCUGUGCUGAAUAUCCUCUUGAAACACUGUGGUCUCCUCAGUAUUACAGUGCCUGACCUCUGACCUCUAAACAAUGGAUGUUUUGGUUUUUUUUUUUUACUUAUUUUCAGUGUGUGUACUGUAUGUGUGUCCUGCACAAUGUACUGUAGGAAACGGUUACAUAAGAGGUUAAACUUUUCCUCUGGACAGAAUUGAUGUGGUGCACAGUGUGUUUCAUAUCCAAGCGUCUCCUUCAGCCAGAUCCUCGUCAGACAUCCUGUGGACAGAUAUGAAACCUGCGCCAGGCUUUAAUCCAGCUGUGAGUCUGUGUUACGGUCCACUGGAGACAUCUCAAGACAGCUUGAAGUAACUGUAUUUUAUUAUCAAUAUUGUGAAAUGAGUAGUGACUUUUGUAGGAACUUUAUUUUUAAAUAGUGGGUGUGUGACACGGAUAAAAUAAAUCUGUUUUUCAAAAUA